CGCCAGCGGCCAGCACGGCAGUGCGGGCGCGAUAAACAGUAACCGGGGUGGAAUCGGACCGUGCGGUGUGCCGCCGCCGUCGCCCGAUGCGCUGAUCCAUCUGGGGCAACGUGCAUGCCCGCUGCGCGCUCCCGGCGGCCUGAGGCACUGGGGGUGAGCCCGCAGGCUUCAGCGGGCUUCAGUAUGCAGCACUCUCUGACUCAGCAAGCGAGUGGAUUAACACUGCACGACUCAGUAGGGCUGUUCAAUAAAAGGAAGCGAGCCUCUCUACUGGUGAGCGGCGCCCUUCUCAUCGCCUCGGUGUUAAUUCUGACCGUGGGCUUGGCAGCCACCACUCGGACCCUGAAUGUUUCGGUCGGGGGAUACUACCCAGGGGUUAUUCUUGGUUUUGGAUCAUUUCUGGGACUGAUCGGGUCAAAUCUACUUGAAAAUAAACGACAGAUGCUGGUGGCAUCGAUCGUGUUCAUCAGUUUUGGUGUAGUGGCGUCUUUCUGUUGUGCCAUUGUUGAUGGUGUAUUUGCUGCCAGACAUAUUGACAUCAGACCUUUCCAUGCCGGGAGAUGCCAGUAUUAUUCCAGUGGAACUCCAUACCCUUCCGACGAUUAUAAUGCAGAGGUGACAUGCCCGAAUCAGUCACGCGCUCCCUGCAUACUGAAAAUAAAGAGCAAUACCUGUUAUUGCUGCGAUCUUUAUAAGUGUGGCAGUCGAGACACUCUGGGUGGCUAUUAUGAAUACAAUGAUGUGGGAAGUUGCCAAGAAGUUAUUCACCUGUAUCACCUGCUAUGGUCAUCGACAAUCCUCAAUAUCGUGGGGUUGUUCCUUGGAAUCAUCACCGCAGCCAUCCUUGGUUCCUUCAAAGACAUGCAGACACCAACUGCUUCUCGUAUUACCUACGCUCCCGAACCUCCGCCUCCACCCAUAAUGUGCGAUCCUGGACAACAGAUGCUGGCCUACACAAACUUCUACCCUGGGCCGCCACAUCUGCCACCUUACAGCCCAUACGAUAUACAGCACCCCAGUAUAUUCUCGGCCUCGACACCGUCUGAUGAUUCACAGUCCAUUUCACAGUCUGCUUCAAGUUACAUGUGGCCACCAAACACUCCUCCUCGCUACUCCCCAGCAUACUUCCCACCCGACGAAAAGCCGCCACCUUACACGCCGUAGACCUGGGACCUUCCUCCCGUGACCGGCACAGGCCUGGUCGAGCUGAAGACCUCUACAACAAGAGCAGCGACCGCAUGGAUCACCGCGUGACUCCGUGCGAUUCCUCUCACCACCCGCUCUCGCUGCAGUGAAUUUUACGAGAGGAACUUACCUGUACAAAACAAAAACAAAACCAUCAGCGUAUCAUCCUGCUACCUAUUGUUAAGGGUAUGUUAAUCCUUAUUUGUUGGAAAAUAAUUCACUUAUACUCAAGGUUACAGUGAAUAAAAAGCAAAGAAACAAUUUUGGAAAUUCAAGGUCCGUUGGCGGUGUCAUUUAACCCUUGAUCCAAAGAAGAAACGAGCUUAAGGAGUUAACUACUCCAUCCUAUUUUCCUAGGUUGCUAAUUUAUUGAUAAAGGCAGACAUACUAUAUGUACUUUAUAACUGAUAGUCUAUUUUUAGCUUUAUGGUAUUAACUUCCCCUGUGACUUUUUUUAACCCAUUGAAAUCCCUACUUUUUACUAAUCUGCAUUGCUGUUUACAAAGAUAUUGUGUAUAUUCUUGGUGUCUAGAUAAAUGAUACAAUGCUGCUGUUAUCAAGUAGAUGUGUACUAACAGAGGCUUAUUUUCGUACUAUGUACUGGUGGUACACCAGGUUGGUGUGCUGGAAUAUUAGUCCAUUAUCUUUCCUUCUUACCACAGCACAAGCCACACAGACCGAGUUUGGUUGUUCUGUUGAGCUGAUUUCCAUGUUUUUUCUCUCUCUCUCUCUCUCUCUCUCUCUCCCCCCCUCC